AUGUAUACUGUUUCACCAAGAGAUUUUGAACGCUACUGCCUGAGAAUUCUCCUUUUGAAUACUAAAGGAAAAACGUCUUUUGAAGAUAUUCGAACAGUGGAUGGACGAGUUUACGGGAAACUCCAUCAACAUUACGCUUUCUUCGCAUGGGGAAUGCUCAAGUGUUAUAAAUUUUGUGUGACAAUGAGCGAAGACCAUAUUAACCGAGGAGUUGGAGAAAACGAGGCUGUCGCUGUGGCGUACUUUGACAUAGCAGAACGAAGGCAAAAUGUUACAGCGUAUUGUUUCAUCUCUGAGCAAUGUACGACCGGAAGUUUCUAUUUUGCCUACAGAUUACGAUCUCAACCGGAUUGA